ACAGAUUUAACCGGAGGAGGGAAAAUCGCCGGUCACCGAGUAACAACAACACUCACAUCUCUCUUUCUCUCUCUGAUUGUUUUGAUUUCUCAGAAAAUGGCGGAGAAAGAUGCGACGCCGAGAAGCGACGGCAACAAUGACGGUGCGAUUAGGGUUUGCGGGAUGCAGUUUUCUUACGAAGCCCAGGAUUCUGUUUUCUUCGAUUUCAACCUCGAUCUCCCCGCCGGAUCUCGUUGUCUCUUGGUUGGUGCCAAUGGAUCUGGGAAGACGACUUUAUUGAAGAUUUUAGCUGGGAAGCAUAUGGUUGGAGGGAAGAACGUUGUACAAGUUCUGAAUCGGUCAGCUUUUCAUGAUACACAGCUUGUUUGUAGUGGUGACUUGUCUUACCUUGGAGGCUCAUGGAGUAAAACCGCUGGUUCUGCUGGUGAGAUUCCUCUUCAGGGAGACUUCUCAGCAGAGCAUAUGAUAUUUGGAGUUGAAGGGAUUGAUCCUGUGAGAAGAGAGAAGUUGAUUGAUCUUCUUGAUAUCAAUCUUCAAUGGCGUAUGCACAAGGUUUCUGAUGGGCAGAGACGCCGAGUUCAGAUAUGUAUGGGUCUUUUACAUCCAUUCAAGGUAUUAUUACUGGAUGAGGUUACUGUGGAUCUCGACGUUGUUGCUAGGAUGGAUUUGUUGGAAUUCUUCAAAGAAGAAUGUGAACAAAGAGGAGCAACAAUUGUGUAUGCAACUCAUAUUUUCGACGGACUAGAGACGUGGGCUAGUCAUCUAGCGUACAUUCAUGGCGGGGAGCUGAAACUCUCGGCCAAGCUAAACGAGAUCAAGGAUUUGAAAACCUCACCAAACUUACUCUCUGUGGUUGAGUCGUGGCUUCGCUCUGAAACCAAUGUCGAGAAGAAGACCAAGAAGAAACCUGUUGUUACCUCUCCAUUUAUGUCGUCUAGACAAAUGGCUUAUUACCGAUGAAUCAUCGUAACAUCAAUCUUUGAGACAAUCAGUAAAAGAAUAAGAGCAGUUCCCAUUUGUCAUUGUUAACUUUGUUGCCCUUUAAUACUCUCAUUCUAAUCUAUGAUUUAAAUUAAGAUGUCAC